AUGUCAGACAUUCAGCAGUAUCUGCUGGACUAUGACAGGAACAAGAAGGAGGCGACCGAGACUGCACAGAAGAGUGCGACGCGACUCAAAGAUGGACAAUUGAAGCUCAUCAGCCUCGUGACUGAUCUCGGCGAGUAUUUGAAUAGCGAAGAUGGCGCCACGCGUUCUAAGAGUGAGUUUGCAACACAGAUAGCUUUUAUCCAUGCUGAUAGUAGCGUAGCCAUGUCGUAUCUCGCGGAGGUGCUCGCCUCGACACCACAAAAAGUGCUGGUCUCUCCAGCAGCAACCGAAGACAGCGAAGGCUUGGGAUCCUGCGCGAAAGCACUCAUAGCUUUGGAAGAGCUUGGAAAAUGGGACGAUGUUCGAGUGGUUGGCAUAAUCGAAGCGUUACUCACGAAUACCCACCCAUUGCGCCAGUUCAAGCAGCAGAGUGAACGGUAUCCCGUGCUGCGACUGGUCGAUACUCUCAUGGCCAAGUACCGAGAAGCUUUACGAGAACACCACGAGUCUAGACCGGAUUUCAUGUCACGUUUCAUUGCAUACUUCGAUGGCGAGAAGGACCCACGGAACCUGAUGGUAGUCUUCUCUAUCCUAAAAGUACCUAUGACGGAGUGGAACAUUGGCGCGGACGCCCAGGAACUCUUUGAUGCUGUUUUCAACUACUUCCCUAUCACGUUUCGACCACCGCCAGAUGAUCCCUACGGUAUCACAGCUCAGGACCUGAAAGACCGUCUAAAGGACUGUAUAUCAUCCACCGCGGACUUUGCACCCUACGCGUUUCCGGCUCUGCUUGACAAGCUCGACUCAACAUCAAUGAACACCAAGCGAGACGUCCUUCAAACAAUUACCGCGUCGGUCACAGAGUACGGCCCACGCACGGUUUCGCUCUACUCGAUAACGCUGUGGGAUGCGUUGAAGUUUGAAAUUUUGAAGGUAGAACAAGAGGAUCUCGCCGAGGAAGCACUGGCAGCAUUGGCUGCUAUUGCGAAGGCGCUGUCUCAAGGCACGAGUGGCCCACUCAACGCAUACUUACGACCAAUCAUCAAAGAAUGUAACGAACACCUUGAAGAUGCGCCAACCAAGCAAUCACAGGCCGCCGCUCGGAUACUGAAGAGCAUCGCCAACGUAUCAGCAGAGGUCACCAACAUUCUUUUAGCUGGAGUCUUACCCACCAUGUUUCUCUUGUUUCAGAACGCAGAUACCAUGGCCAAGCGGAGAGGACUAUUGGAAGUCCUUGUCCAGCUCAUCCGGGCAAACAUUGAUGUCUAUGGCGAUUGGCGUGUGAUAGGACCUGCUGGAGACCAAGUUGAGAGCAAUGCUUUAGCCAAGUUCCGCGAAGACGCCCUGAAGAUCAUGCUUGACGGUUUGAGAACUGCACCAGCAAAGGAAGUCUCGUUUCGACUAGUGUGCCUAGAUGGUCUAUUGCAAUUGUCGAAAGCACGGCAGCUGCUACGAGACGAGGAUGUCAGCGAGAUCAUCCAGCUCCUACACUAUAUCGUCAUCCACGAAGAGCCAUAUGGCAAAGAUGAGGUCAAAGUGGCUGCGAUCAAUGGCAUCGUCGAGAUCGCCCACCAAAAGCCACAAGUAGUUGUUGACAAAGCCUUCCCCGCGUUUCUCGCACAAUUACCCGACACCGAUGCCGAUGGUCAAAGAGAUUACCUCACCGUAUUGGAGGCUUUCGCGAAGCUUGCUGGUGAAGAACAAGUUUUCGAUACCGUUCUACUGCGACUAAAGAACAAGUUCAGUGUAGCUGUAAAGCAGGACGCGACUACUGAGUACGUGGUCGCAUUGCUCUCGGCUAUCCUCUACGCCCUCAACAAGGGCGAGGCAAAGUUGGCACAAGCCUCAGAAAAGUCCAGCUACUACAACGAUAUCGCCUUGCCUCUGUUACAACGUGCUUCAGAUGCCAAUACUUCUCAUAAAGCCUUCGAGGACGAGAAGACAAUGGACCUAGUCGGACGCAUAUGCAACCUCAUCAUACGGCCACAAUCCACUGAGCAACAAAAUGCCGUUGCAGCGGAAGUUUACACACUUUUUCGGGGGACGCCGCAGCUUGAGCUGGCACCAUUCAACAUGUCCCUCAUCAUCAACAAGUACUACACAGCUUCUACGUUGAAACGAUGUAUGGACCCCCUGAUCGCCGACUUAGACCUUUUGAACCCCGAGAAACUCGACCCUCCCAGGAUACGCAUUAUAUUUACCUGCCUCAAGGGCAUCGUCCUUCGCAGCAGUCCCAUCCUCAGUACACUCUACACAACUAUACUAAACCUCCUCUCUCAUCCACAAUACGGUACGGCCGUCGCCCACGGAUUCUCCACGCUUCUUCAACCCGACGACCUCUUGAUCAAGCAAAACCACUGCCAGAUCCUAGGUCUACACAAACACAAGACUUUUGCGCUCUUAGUACCAAGCAUAACACAGGCUUUCAGAGAGGCGGAUGCGCAAACGAAGCCAAAUUACCUCAUUGCGCUGGCCGGUGCUUUGCGAUGGAUGCCUUUUGACAUUGUUGUCGAGGAAGUAGCCCAGCUGACUACACUGCUCUUGCAAUCCCUCGACCUCAAAUCCGCUGAUGGUGUCAAAGAAGCAGCCCAUCGGCACGCUUAA